AUGCUUUUACUUCUUCCUACAGGAAUUAGAGGUAUUUCAGAAGAGACAACCACUGGAGUUCACAACCUGUACAAGAUGAAGGCCAACGGGACCCUGAAAGUGCCAGCUAUUAAUGUUAAUGAUUCUGUCACCAAGAGCAAGUUUGAUAACCUUUAUGGUUGCAGAGAGUCCCUCAUCGAUGGCAUCAAACGUGCUACAGAUGUCAUGAUUGCUGGAAAAGUCGCAGUCGUGGCAGGUUACGGCGACGUGGGCAAAGGCUGCGCUCAGGCCCUGCGGAGCUUUGGAGCCAGAGUCAUCAUCACUGAAAUCGAUCCCAUCAACGCGCUGCAGGCAGCCAUGGAAGGCUAUGAAGUUACAACCAUGGAGGAGGCCUGCAAAGAGGGCAAUAUCUUUGUUACCACCACCGGCUGUACUGACAUUGUUCAGGGCAGGCACUUUGAGCAGAUGAAGGAUGAUGCCAUAGUGUGUAAUAUUGGCCAUUUUGAUGUGGAAGUGGAUGCAAAGUGGCUGAAUGAAAAUGCAGUGGAGGCGGUGAAUGUUAAACCUCAGGUGGAUCGCUAUACGCUGAGGAAUGGUCGUCAUAUUAUACUGCUAGCGGAGGGCCGACUGGUCAACCUGGGCUGUGCCAUGGGCCACCCGAGCUUUGUUAUGAGCAACUCCUUCACCAACCAGGUGCUGGCACAGAUUGAGCUGUGGACCAACAGUGACAAAUACUCGGUCGGAGUCCAUUUUCUGCCAAAGAAGCUGGAUGAAGCUGUGGCUGCUGCUCAUCUGGAUAAACUAUGUGUGAAGCUGACAAAGCUGAGUGACAAGCAGGCCAAAUACCUCGGCUUAUCCAGAGAUGGGCCGUUCAAGCCAGACCACUACAGAUACUGAGCAGGUGGCACUACCCAAAGACCAAAGUGCAGGGACAGAACCUUCCAAAGCUCUUGUGU